AUGGGGCCAGACAUAACGCCAGCAAUGAGGCCAGACACGGCCCGAAAUGAAACCAAAAAUGAGACCAAGCUUGGAGCCAAAAAUGAGACCAGAGAUGAGGCUAAAAGUGGGGCCAAGAUUGAGGCCAGGACUGGGCCAGAAAUAACACCAACAAUGAGGCCAGACACGGGGCCCAAAAUGAGGCCAGAAAUGGGGCCUAACGUGAGACAAACAAUGAGGUCACGACUUGGCCCGAAAUCGGCCGGCGCCGGGCCGGAACUAAGCAACCUUUCCCAAAAAGAGCUCCUUAUAGCAUCCACCGCCAUUUGA